UGGCCCAGUGUAUGUGCUGACACCCAAAUACAAAAGUCCAAAUCCGGAGACGCCUUAAAGGUCUUCUGCUUCUUCCCGGUGCAAGUUGCAUAGUACGGCCGAACGCGAGAAGCCACUCGCCACGUCUACCGUCACCCGCUGUCCCAGUUGUACGCCGCCUGCGUCUUCCCGGAAGCCCGCCUACUCGCCCAGGCGGCCCAGCUGAAAAUCUGACCGCGUCGGGCGUCUGCGGUAUCGCCCGCGGCCCAAGAGUCCCACUGCGGCCCUCGCCUGUUUCCCUGCCAGUCAACCAGUGUCCCAAUCGGCAACCUCAAUCGACUCUCGCUGGCUAUCCUCUUACUUUUAGCGAGUCAGUUUGUAAUCUACUCAUUGAAGAGAUGGAGUAAUCUGAAGUGUGUUCCGAUAGCGUCUUGCACUAAGGAAGGAAUUAAGAAAAUGGAGGAUGGAACUCGUAGUGGCAGUUUUGCAUCUGAUGGUUCCUCAUCAUCUAAGGAUGGAAUGACAGUGGAUGAUUGCCAAAAGAUGAUCCAAAGGAGUCUCCGAACACCGAAGGUUAGGUUUCUGAUGGAUCAUAUGAAGAAAGCUGGUUGUGAAAUCAGUAGUGAUUUCAUAAAGGCCAAUCAAUGUGAUGCUAUGGUUAGUGGGGGUUAUCUUCAAGGCAAAGGGAUAGUAAUAUGCAGCAACCAUUUGAGCUUACAAGAUGAGGUAACCCAAGUUAUCCUACAUGAACUUAUCCACGCGUAUGAUGAAUGCCAAACAGCAAAUUUGAACUGGGCUGACUGUGCCCAUCACAUGUGCAGUGAGAUUAGAGCUAACCAUCUCAGUGGUGACUGCAAUUUUAAGCGGGAGUUGCUGCGAGGUUACUUAAAGAUAGGUGGUCAUGAGCAAGACUGUGUUCGGCGAAGGGCAUUGAAGUCCGUGAAAUCUAACCCUUAUUGUUCAGAAACUGCUGCUAAGGAUGCCAUGCAAGUGGUCUGGGAUAUAUGUUACAAUGAUACGAGGCCCUUUGAUAAAAUUCCAUGAAGCAUGUUCAUUUUUUUGGUAACGUUGCUUCUGCUGAGGGAAACAGGCGCUACUCUUGACUUUUGAUUUGUCAACUAUUACUCCGUAUUGUUUAUUUAUUUAUUUCUUCUGUUAGCCUGUCUAAUUUAAAACGAGAGACUAUCGUACUUUGCAUACAUUUACCACAUACUUUAUUUCUUCUGUUAGCCUGUCCGUUUUAUUGGUCAUUGGAAUAGCAGGGUUUAGAGAUGGCAAUUGUUG